CUCCAAGUCUGCUCCGAUGGAGGACGUCCUGGAGCGGAUGGAGGCCAUGGUGCAGGCGAGGGUAGAGUCGGCGCUUAUGGGGCCGGCUCGGAGACCCCCACUGGCGCACGAAGUGCGCAGUGCCCCUGUGGAGCUUCCCGUCCAGGGGGGCUACGUAGUGGGGAGCUCCCACCCUCCCUCGGGUAAGGGCAAGGGCGUGGGGAAGGGGAAGAGGGCGGCCAAACCCGCUCCCGCCCCUCUGACCCCGACCCCAGUGGCUGGACCUUCCAGCGCUCCUCCCCGCGUUGAGGCCCCUGGUCCAUCAGGUGCUGCGCCCCAGGCCGUCCCUGCUGGACCUGUACCGCGGAGAGCCGCCGGGGCGGCCGAGAAAAAGCCCAGGGAGAGAAGGACCGGGGGGGCGAAGAAGCCCGUUCCCCCCCCGCAGCAGGCCCCACGUGAGCCCCGUCCGCUGCCGCCGGCGCCGGCAUCGAUGGACCGCGAGUGGACGGUCGUGGUGGGCAAGCGAAAGAAGCCCAGGUCCGGUGCGGCGCCGGCUGCGAGUCCGCAGCAACCGCCGCGCCGGGCUGAGCCGAAGAUUCGCCCGCCACGCUCUGCGGCCGUCAUUAUUUCUUUGACGCCGGCGGCAGUGUCCAAGGGGCUCACAUACAAACAGGUCCUGACGGAGGCGCAGGGCAAGGUAGACCUCACCGGCCUUGAUAUUGGCCGACUGAGGCCAAAGUUUACGGCCACGGGUGCCCCUAUGUAUGAGGUGCCCGGGGCCAACUCUGAGGAGUUCGCACAAGCACAAGCACUCCUUCGCCGCGAGGCUGAAGGAGUGCUUCAGUGGGUCGGAGGACGUUCGGAUCUCCCGGCCCACUAAGACAGUGGAACUGCGACUGACAGAGCUGGAUUAUACAGCUACUUCUGAGUCAGUCGCAGCGGCCCUCUCGAAGGCCGGUGAGUGCAGCCUCGAGGCGGUAAAGGUGGGACAGGUCCGUCCCGACCGCUUCGGGGUGGGCAGCGCAUGGGUGCGCAUGC